AUGGCAAGGUUGGUUCAAGAGAAGAAGCUAGGUGCAGGCCGUGUGGUGGCCGUGGCAAUUGAGAAUAACAAAGCAAGCCAAUAUGCAGCUAAAUGGGCAGUUGACAAUCUUCUUCCCAAAGACCAAGCUCUCUUAUUGGUCAAUGUUAGACAAAAAGCAUCUACCAUUCCUACGCCAAUGGGAAAUCAUAUAUCCCUUGAUGGCAAUGCUGAUGUGGCUAGAGCAUACAUGCAACAAAUGGACAACGAAUCCAGGGCGCUUUUCGCUUCAUUUCGUGUCUUCUGCAAUAGAAAGAGUAUACAAUGCAAAGAAAUUUUGUUGGAGGACACGGAUAUAACCAAGGGAUUAAUAGAAGGUAUUUCCACAUAUUCCAUUGAGAUUUUGGUACUUGGGGCAGCAUCAAGGAGUGGUCUUGUCAGAAAAUUUAGAAUAUUCGAUAUUCCAAGUGCUGUGUCCAAAGGGGCGCCACCAUUCUGCACUGUGUACAUUAUUUCCAAAGGAAAAAUCUCAUCAGUGCGGACCGCUACUGCUCCACUACCCCGUAACAAUAUAAUGCAGUCUCAGCCUCUCCAAAAUCCUGAGAGAAUGGAUACACAACUAAUACGCAACCAACCACCACGAUCAUCAAUAGAGAAGCCAUCAUACAUUUCCCGCCAGUCAGUGGAUGAAGAGGGAAUCAAAUCACCAUUCACAAGACUUGGUAGAGUAUCCAACAGAUCAUACGAGUCCUCAAUCCCUGACUCAGAUAUUUCAUUCGUGAGCAGUGGAAGGCCAAGUGUUGAUAGGAUGUUCCCUUCAUUGUAUGAUGAUCUGGACUCUGGAAUAAACCAUCGGCUUUCAUCAAGCUCGGAUUUUGAGGUCAGAAGCUUUGGUUCUUCUUUCUCAGGACCUAAGUCAAUUGAUCCAUGUGACUACUCGUUCAGCUCACAAGACAGUGGCAUGUCGAUGUCAUCAUCAAGGUUUUCAGCUUCGGAUGAAAUGGAAGCUGAAAUGAGGAGAUUGAGGCUAGAACUGCAGCAGACAAUGGAUAUGUACAGUACAGCUUGCAAGGAAGCUAUGACAGCAAAGCAAAAGGCACUGGAUCUUCAGCGUUGGAAAUUGGAAGAACAAAGGAAAUUGGAAGAGGCGCGAAUAGCUGAAGAAACAGCAUUGGCGAUAGCUCAGACAGAGAAAGCAAAAUAUAGAGCUGCCAUGGAAGCAGCACAAGCAUCUCGAAGAAUUGCAGAGUUGGAGGCACAAAAGAGAAUUAGUAUAGAAUCUGAGCAGAAGAAUAAGACAGUGGAUGUCAUGGGACAUAGUCCUGCCAUGUACAGAAAAUACACAAUUGAGGAAAUAGAAGAAGCCACAAAUUUCUUUUCCAACUCUCUCAAGAUUGGUGAAGGAGGAUACGGGCCAGUCUACAGGUGUGAACUAGAUCAUACGCCAGUUGCAAUAAAAGUGUUAAAACCAGAUGCAGCUCAGGGAAGGUCACAGUUUCAGCAGGAGGUUGAAGUGCUAAGUUGCAUAAGGCAUCCAAACAUGGUUCUCCUUCUUGGAGCAUGCCCAGAGUAUGGUUGCUUAGUGUACGAGUACAUGGCUAAUGGAAGUCUGGAUGAUUGCCUCUUCCGGAGGAAUAACAAGCCAGCUCUUUCCUGGCAGCUAAGAUUCCGAAUUGCUGCAGAGAUUGCUACUGGGCUUCUUUUCCUACACCAAACAAAACCAGAACCCCUGGUGCAUCGUGACUUGAAACCAGGAAACAUUUUGCUUGACCGUAACUUUGUGAGCAAGAUCAGUGAUGUGGGGUUGGCCAGGCUUGUACCUCCUUCAGUUGCAGACACUGUGACACAAUAUCGCAUGACAUCAACUGCUGGAACUUUCUGUUACAUUGACCCUGAGUACCAGCAAACGGGCAUGCUGGGGAUCAAAUCUGAUGUUUACUCACUGGGGAUCAUGCUUCUACAGAUUGUAACAGCCAAAUCACCGAUGGGUUUGACUCAUCAUGUUGGAAGAGCCAUUGAGAACGGGACUUUUGCUGAGAUGCUUGACCCUGCUGUUGAAGACUGGCCAUAUGAACAUGCCUUGCAUUUUGCCAAACUUGCUUUGAUGUGUGCAGAAAUGAGAAGAAAAGAUAGGCCUGAUCUAGGCAAAGUUGUAUUACCUGAGCUCAAUAAACUCAGAGAUUAUGCUGAAGACAACAUGCCCAUGAUGAUGUUCGGCGGCCCCCCAGCAUUCACUCCCAGAAGCAACUACAAUUACUCAAGCUCCACAUUUUCCUCAGUUCAAGACACAAUGAGUGAGUCCCAGUCGAUGUCUGGAAUAUCCGAAUACGAAAGCCGAUCAAGCACAUCAUCAAUGGGCAAAAUGUGA